UGUUAGUGGCGCAUUGGCGAGGGAGCGCUAUGGCCGCUACUAACGAAGCCUACUACGUCUCCAACCCUAGUUCCUGGGCUAGGGUUAGGGCUUACAGGAGGGAGCGAUGGCGGAGGAGAGUGAUUCCAGGCGCGCCAGCAGCGCCAGGAGGCCGCGCACGGAUUUGGCCCGCCGGCGCCCACAUUCGCAGCCCGAUCGGCUGCUGACGGUUUCUCGUAGGAAUUCUAGCGGCCCGGGGAAGAUGGAGGGCGCCGGCGAGGAGGUUUGUAGGCCGAGCGAGGAGAAGAGCGUCAGGGUGUUCAAGCGCAGGGAAAUUGGGACGUGUAACGAGGACAAGAGCAAGAACGGUAGGAAUGGGGGGAAAACGAAUGGAAAAUCCAAGGCCGGGAGCGAGGAGAAGCCACCGGAUGCAAAGAGACGUCGCCAGCGCUUGGUUCUCGAGGGCUCGGACGAGGACUCCGAACCGUCCGAGAAGAAUGGCAAUGGAAGUAAAGACUCUUCCAGCCCGAGCAAGCGAGCGGAGUCCAAACCGGUUGCCAAGGCCGCUCCGGAAGGCGUGGGGUUGAGGAAAAGCUCGCGAGUUGUGAAGAGACGCACCUUCGACGACGAGAUAGACUUUGACGAGGUGAUAAAACGUAGGAGGAGGCCGCCGCAGCAGGAUAGUGCGAAGGAGGCUGCUGCCAAACAAGUUGACGAGAACACGGACAGUGCGGAUGACGAUCACCCGAGGAAGAAGCCAAGGAGAGGAAGCAUUCAGGAGCUCCAGUCCGCUAGCGAAAAGCCAAAACAACGAGGUGGUUCGGUAGUAACUCAAGAGAAUGCUGUGCCAAGGGAAAAGCCCCUGACUGCAAGACAAAGGGCCAUGCAAGCGAAGGAUAGCGGCAUACUAGAACAACCAAGUACGUCUGGAAGAGACGAGGCUCAGAAGGUAGAUUCUCCGAGCGAUAGCGUGGACUCGAAGGAGAAAGCGACAGUGCCUUUGACGGCCAGGCAGAGGUCGCUUCAAGCAUGCAAGGAUGGCGACGGGAACUUUGGGCUCAUUGAGUUUCCCGAGGGUCUAAAUCAUACUGAUCGAAGACGGAAAGCCAAACUUACUGACGAAGAAAAGCUUGCGAAGAAAGCUGAAGCGGCUAGCAAACGAAAACAGCAAGUAGAAAAGGCUGCAAAGGAGAUACAGGCGUCUGCCAUACAAAAAAUCCUGAAUCAGGACUCAAAUAGAAAGAAAAGAGAGGAAAAAAUACAAAAGCAAAAACAAGAACUGGCAGAGGAAAAGAAAGCUGCUGAAUUGGAAGUCGCUACUAACUCCGUUCGCUGGAUUAUGGGUCCUUCUGGGACUACGGUUUCGUGGGCUCAAGAUGAGUUCCCAGCUCUUUUCUCUUCCGGGCCUAUUAGGUAUCCCCCUCCUCGGGAAAAGUGCGCUGCAUGUGAUAAUGCGUACAAAUAUCGGGAUUCGAAGUCCAAUCUGCCUCUUUGCAGUCUGCAAUGUUACAAGGCAGUGCAACAACCAUUGAAGCCGGCAUUAGAAGUUUCUCCGGCUCAGUAGUUGUGAUGAGGUACCAUUGAAAUUCAUACUUUUUUCAGCUAAACGAUCUAGCUGGUAGCACAGGCAAAUUGUGGUUACGCAGACAAAUAUGUUCUAAAGAAAAUCGAAAGUGAUAGUACCUUGGGCGACACACGAUUGUCAUUCACUCGUUUUGGUUUGGACUAACUUGUUUGUUAUAAGUUUGUUGCAGUGGCAUAUAAGGCUCGCUCUGGCCUUUCCAGUGGCCGUUGCUCCAGUGCUUUCAGAUGAGCACUUCACUGCUGGUAGUCUUCUUCAUCCUUACAAGAGCGGCCGUCGCCGAGGAUGCAGCUCCACCACUCAUGCAGCCUAUACAGGAUUUUCCUCCCGCGUUUGAUCCUCCUCCGCCUCCACAGCAGGACGGGGCUUCCACGGUUCGAAUUUUUAACAAGGCCAACCCCUCGCUCUCGCUAACCGGUUUGUGGAAUGGGAAAGUGGUGAUGACGCUUGGAAACGGGACGAUGCCUUACCAGCAAUGGUUUGUAGAUACUUCGUGGGGGACGAGAUUCACAGACGCGGUUGGCUACAAGGCCUUCAUGCUGGUGAACAAGGCGACUGGCAUGAUACUCCGGCAUGGCUAUUUGGAAAACUCCGCGGUGAGUUGCGGGAUCGUGAAGGGUGACUUGGUGGAUAGCUUGUGGACGAGAGGCCCCGACUUACAGGGAUUCCACACCAUCAGAGCUUGCAGCAAAGUGGAGCUGAUAAUGGACGUGGAGCGCGCGGAUAUGAAGAAGCACAUACUCUUGAAAGAAGGAUGCAAAGUGGUGAUGUUUAAGAUGAGCCAGGAAGAAACGCAGUACUGGAGAAUGGAAGCCAUAGUUUCAUCGAGCUAAGGAAUGAAAAAUUAUAGAUUUUGGAGUAA